CCUGUUCGAAUCAAUUUACAAUUUCUGGAUCUCAUUUCCACCUUGUAUGGGGUCUGAAUCAAUGGCUUCUUAUAAGUCAAGUACUGGUAUUUUAAUUUUUCUGCUGAUUUCUCUCUUGGAUAGCUCUUUGAUUGUUUCUUGUACCGCUAGUAAAUUCUACCAAGAAUUUGACAUAUCCUGGGGAAAUGGCCGUGGUAAGAUACUCAACAACGGAGACCUUCUUACUCUGUCUCUUGACAAAGCUUCGGGCUCGGGAUUUCAAUCAAAGAAUGAGUAUCUCUUUGGCAAGAUUGACAUGCAACUCAAACUUGUACCUGGCAACUCUGCUGGCACUGUCACUGCCUACUAUUUGAAAUCAUCAGGGAAUUCAUGGGAUGAGAUAGACUUUGAAUUCUUAGGCAACUUGAGUGGAGAUCCUUACACGCUACAUACUAAUGUUUACAGUCAAGGCAAGGGUGACAGAGAGCAACAAUUUCGUCUAUGGUUUGACCCCACAGCAGACUUUCACACCUAUUCCAUUCUAUGGAAUCCCAAACUCAUCAUCUUCUCAGUUGACGGGAAACCCAUUAGAGAGUUUAAGAAUUUGGAGUCAAUUGGGGUUCCCUUCCCAAAGAAACAACAAAUGAGAAUAUACUCAAGCCUCUGGAACGCUGAUGACUGGGCCACUAGAGGCGGUCUUAUCAAGACUGACUGGACUCGAGCUCCUUUCACUGCUUCUUACAGGAACUUCAAUGCUGACGCUUGUAUUUGGUCUUCUGGCAGAGCAGCUUGCUCUUCAAAGAAUUCUUGGCUAUGGAAACAAUUCGAUGCCACAAGUUUCCAAAGGCUCAAGUGGGUGCAAAAGAAUUUCAUGAUUUACAAUUAUUGCACGGACACAAAGCGAUUCCCUCUAGGCUUCCCUCCAGAGUGUAGUGUGAACAUGUAAACCCUAAUGUAAACCCUAAAUUUUAAUCACCAUAUAUAUGAAUAUAGCUUGUAACUCCUAGAUUUUAAUCACCAUAUAUAUAUAUGAAUAUAAUUUGGUUGCUUGAUGUAC